AAUGGCAACUGCACCUUACAACUAUUCCUACAUCUUUAAGUACAUCAUUAUUGGGGACAUGGGUGUAGGAAAGUCCUGUUUGCUUCAUCAAUUUACAGAAAAGAAGUUUAUGGCAGACUGUCCCCACACAAUUGGUGUUGAAUUUGGCACAAGAAUAAUUGAAGUUAGUGGCCAAAAAAUUAAACUACAGAUAUGGGACACAGCAGGACAGGAGAGAUUCAGGGCUGUGACACGAAGCUACUACAGAGGAGCAGCAGGAGCUCUCAUGGUCUACGACAUCACCAGAAGAAGUACGUAUAAUCACUUAAGCAGCUGGCUGACAGAUGCAAGGAACCUCACCAAUCCAAAUACUGUGAUAAUCCUCAUAGGAAAUAAAGCAGAUCUGGAAGCACAGAGGGAUGUUACAUAUGAAGAAGCCAAACAAUUUGCUGAAGAAAAUGGUUUAUUGUUCCUUGAAGCAAGUGCAAAAACCGGAGAAAACGUUGAGGAUGCAUUCCUGGAGGCUGCCAAGAAAAUCUACCAGAACAUCCAAGAUGGAAGCCUGGAUCUGAACGCUGCAGAGUCGGGUGUACAGCACAAACCGUCAGCUCCGCAGGGAGGGCGGCUAACCAGCGAACCCCAGCCCCAGAGAGAAGGCUGCGGCUGCUAGUGACCCCCCUUCCACGGCUCCAUUUCCGACCUUCCGCCUCUGUCUGCUGGAAGCGGUGCUUUUGACCGCUUCCCUGUCUUCUGUACAUCUUACUGGGUUUAACUGAAACUCUGAGACAAGUUUAACACAGUACUAAACUGCUAAACAACUUUAGAUGUAAUCAGGUUAUCAAAGGCAAGUAGAGUAAUAAAACCUCUCCUGCAUGGUAAAUCUAGAAGUUUUUCUUUCCUUGAUUGUCCUUGUGAUAGUGUCACCGAUACAUAAUUUCAACUGAGCACUGAUGCCGGACUCAUGAUUUUACACUUUCGCAGGGCUUUUGUCUUGUACGGUUUAAUUUUAUGGUUCUUUGGCCUUUCUUCCCCACCUGUAACUGUUUAGAGCUGUCCAUAGUAAAGGAUAAAUUUUUUGCUGUGAAAUGAAUUCCGAUGGUAGCAAGGGGCUCUGUAACAAUGUGCUUUUUCUUGUUGGAAGGAUUCCCUGUGGUGUGUGUCGGGGCGGGCUGGCGCAGGAGCGUACAACUCGCACAGGGACGCGAUCCAUUCAUUCUUGUGCUCAUAGCUUUGCAUCGUUUUUUUGCCACUUUUAUCCUUUACAUUUGUUAACAGAACGUAAAUAUGUAUAAAAUCUGAAGGAACUGAGCUAACAGUUAAAUA